AUGAAGCGCGAGCCCGCCGGCUCCAGCAACGACAGCCUCGUGAGGAAGGUCGAGGGCGAGUGGGUCCAGAAGCCCAUCACUUACACGACGGUCGGCGGCAUGCUUUACAGCCUGUAUGACCUGGCGGCGGGCGACCUGGGUGACGCGCUGCACGGCCACAGGCUCUCCUUCUCAUCAGCAAACGCAUGUGGAGACUCGGGCAUCUCUGGGUCGGCGGUGGCGCCACCCUCCUUAAACGACCCGCAGCAGCAGCCGGCCGCAGUGGCAGCAGGGGCGGCCCAGCACGAUCAGGAGGCUCCCACCAAGCGCGCCCCCUUCCAGCACCGCCUCAAGGCUCUUUUCAAGCUCGACGAUAAGAAGCCGCAGACGCAGCCAUCCAAGCAGCCGCAGCCGUCGCCGCAGCCGCAGCCGCAGCCGCAGCCGCAGCCGUCGCCGCAGCCGCAGCCGCAGCCACAGCCGUCAGCCGGCAACCUGCUGCCCACCGCCACCGCCAAGGCCCUCGCAGCCGAGCUCGUCACCGCCGUCGGCACCGUGCACGAAGCCGGCAUCGUCCACCUCGACCUGAAAGCUGAGAACUUCCUGGUGGCAGCCGACGGCCACCUGCGGCUCGGCGACUUUGGCUGCGCGGCGCGGGCCUGCCAGCCUGCGCUGGGCGCCAGCGGCACGCCCUUCUUCAUGGCGCCGGAGCAGCACACCGACCUUGACGGCUUCUGGCGCCGCCUCGGCGCCAACAUCCGCAAGGAGCUGCAGGACUUUGCCUUCCUCCUGGGCUUCAAGUUCAACAGCCGCCCCGCCGACGUGUGGGCGCUGGGCGCAACCCUCUUGACAGCGCUCCUGCCGUUCCCCGAGGCAGAGGCGGCCCUGGCAGCCGCGCGCGCCGGCAAGAAGUGGGUCCCCGCCCCCGGCUCUGCCGGCGCCGCGCUGCCGGCCGACCUGUGGGACCUGCUGUUCAGCUGCAUGCUGGCGCGGCGCCCCGGCCGGCGGCUGACGGUGCGGCACCUCAAGGGCCACGCCUUCUUCGCCGGCGUGGACUGGGCGGCCGUCGAGGCGCGGACUGUGCCGCUGCCCAUCGACCUCGUGGCGCUGGCAAAGAUCGGCCGCGAGGCGGCCGCCGCCGCCGCCGAUGACGCCGGUGCUGGCGCGGACCCCGUCGCCCCAAGACUCGACUACAACGGCAACAACGGCAACAACAGCAAAAGCAGCAACGGCGCAAAAAACAACAACAGCAACAACAGCAACAACAGCAUCAACAGCCACAACGGCAACAAUGGCAACAGCAGCAACAGCAGCAACAGCGACAACAACAGCAGCAGCAGCAGCAGCAGCAGCAGCAGCAGCAGCAGCAGCAGCAGCAACAGCAGCAACAGCAGCAACAGCGCCAUCAACAAGCAUCGAACCAAGAUCUGA